AUGAUGUCCAUCCUCUCUGCCCUUCUCUGCCUCGGGCUGAGUCUGGACCAGAGGAUCCACGUGCAGGCAGGGACCCUCCUCAAACCCACCCUCUGGGCUGAGCCAGCCUCUGUGAUGCCCUGGGGGAGCCCCGUGACCAUCUGGUGUCAGGGGACCGGGGAGGCCAAGGAGUUCUGUUUUGAAAAAGAGGGAAGCAUAUUGCUAUGGGGCAGAGGGAAACCACUAGAUCCGAUGGACAAGGGCAUGUUCCGCAUCACAAGCCUGACAGAGCAUGGUGCUGGGAUAUAUCGCUGUUACUAUCGCAGUCCUGAUGGUUGGUCAGAGCGCAGUGACCCACUGGAGCUGGUGGUGAUGACAGGAGCCUAUAGCAGACCCAGCCUCUCAGCGCUGACCAGCCCUGUCAUGCCCUCAGGAGGGAACGUGACCCUCCAGUGUGGCUCAGGGCAGGGAUUUGACAGGUUCAUUCUGACUAAGGAAGGAUAUCACAGGCUCUCUUGGGUCCAGAACUCACAGAAAGAACCCAGGAGGCAGUUCCAGACCCUGUUCACUGCGGGCAACGUGACCCCCAGCCACAGGUGGACGUUCAGAUGCCAUGGCUGCUACAGGGACAGCCCCCAGGUGUGCUCACACCCCAGUGAUGCCCUGGAGCUCCUGGUCUCAGGUGAGUCUGGCAAGCCCUCCCUCCUGAGCCAGCAGGGCCCCAUCGUGGCCUCUGGACAGAGCCUGACCCUCCAGUGUCGCUCUGAUGUCGGCUAUGACAGAUUCGCUCUGCACAAGGAGGGGGGACGGGACCUCCCCCAGAGCCGUGUCCUGCAGCCCCAGGCUGGGCUCUCUCAGGCCCACUUCCCCCUGGACACUGUGAGCAGCUCCCACGGGGGCCGGUACAGAUGCUACAGUGGAUACAACCUCUCCUCUGAGUGGUCGGCCCCCAGUGACCCCUUGGACAUCCUGGUGGCAGGACACCUGCCUGACAGACCCUCCCUCUCGGUGCAGCCAGGCCCCAGGGUGGCCUCAGGAGAGAACGUGACCCUGCUGUGUCAGUCACGGAGCCCGAGGGACAUGUUCCUUCUGUCCAAGGAGGGGGCAGCUGGUCCCCCCUUACAUCUGAGAUCAAAGCACCGAGCUCAGCAGUACCAGGCGGAGUUCUCCAUGAGCCCUGUGACCUCAGCCCAUGGGGGCAGCUACAGGUGCUACAGUUCACACAGCAUCUCUCCCUUCCUGCUGUCUCUCCCCAGUGAGCCCCUGGAGCUCCUGGUCUCAGGACCCUCUGGAAGCCCCAGCCCCCCACCCACAGGGCCCACCUCCACAGCUG